AUGGUAGCAAAUCCUCCAAUCAAAUCCGAAAGGAAGAAGGACCAACGAGGAACAUUGAUCAUUGCGGGGUCAACACUGCUUGCUCAAUGGAAGUCAGAAUUACGGAAGCACGCCGCUGAAAGAUUAUUCAAAAACGUCACAAUAUACCAGGCCAAGAAGAGAGAGGACCUUGGUUUCAUAGCCCGUUGUGAUGUUGUAUUCGCGUCUUACGGUGAGGUGACCAACAGCUGCCCUUUUCCGGGCAAAGCAAAGCUUGCGAAGUUGAAACGAAAGGAAGGUGACUGCGGCAAGGGCCAGAUGGUAGAACAUGAUGACUGCUCCCUGAUCGAAGAAUGGAUUUCUCGACACACUGAGCUCUACGGGGACUUGCAUCAAAUUGACUGGUAUCGUAUUGUGAUCGAUGAGUCUCACAAAAUCAAAUCGCAUGAAAGUCAGCUGUCUUAUGCCGUAAACGCAUUGCGAGGCAAACACAGAUGGACACUAAGUGGGACACCCAUAAUGAACAAUCCUGAAGGUGAUUACCACCGUAGCUUCUUUUGA